CGCAGCAUUCAUUCUACGUCUACUUCGUACCAGCCCUCGCCCACCAGCGCAGCACACGCGCGCUGCCACAGAGCGCCAUGGCACAGCAACCACUAACAAGCUUCUGGCCGCUCUUUGGGGGCAAGUCGGACGGCCAGGACGUGGUCAACCUCAAAGGCCGAGUGCUAAGGAAUGGACCGAGUCAGGAGCAGCUCGACGACAAACCCAACGACCAAGGACAAUGCGACUACUACCGCCUGAUCAAAAAGGACGAUCCUAAACACCUCGAUUGGCGGAAGAAGCUGGGUGGCAUGCUCCUGCGCGAAAUCGGUGGCAAGCAGCACGAAGCAGACAAAUGGCAGCAAUGCAUCUUGUGGGAAUUGCCCGAGAACUACGUCCUCUAUGAGCACAUCAAGACCAAAGCGGACGGCCAGGUCAAGACGGUCAAGAAUCACUCGGGCGGCGGCCACGACAGACAAGAUGCGUACUUGUAUGGAUACCCCAAAGGACCUAAGAAGCGCUUUCGGAGCCCAAUCGAGUUCUUCCCACAUCUCUUGUGGCUAUACACCGACGAAACCAGCGAUUACAACAAUUGCACCUGCAAGAUGUGCUCCCCUCAGCAGCCCGAGCCGGAGCGGCCAGCUGUCAGGGUCGAAUUCAAGCCGGAGCUUUCUACGACCAUCAAGCGCGAGCCCACGCCGAGCACACCUGUCCCAGGUUAUGCCGUAGUAGGCCGUAACCCUGUCGUACAGAUACCUGUCCGAAGACCUUCCUCAGGCCCGCCUGCGCAGAGCCCUAGCACAAAAUCUGCCACUCCUGUGCCUGCACCAGUUCCAACGCCCAGUGCGCCGCCGAUUAGAGCACCCCCAGCCCUUCAAUCUACGACACUUCCGCAGCCUCGAUCGUUGGAACAACAAGCCGAUCUCUCCUACAACAAAUAUCUCUGCCGAACAGGAGAGGUGGUGUGGUUCUUCCGCCCAAAGACAGCAGCCUGGGGAUUGGGGCUUGUCGUUCGAAGGUGGGCGACAAGAGGAAGCCCCGCAGACAGGUCAUAUUUGAUUCAGCCUUUGUCGCAUCCAUUCGAACUGCCUCCCCAAGAGCUCGUCACCACGGAUCAACAUCUAAAACCUUGGCUUGCGUGGUCUGCGCCUAAUUGCACUUUUCCUUACCUCCAGCAGCACCCACAGCUCACUUACGCCCAAGUAGACUGGGCCGGACUGGAAUCGGGGCGGUACGGUGAAGGUAUUGCCUCUGUUGAUGCGUCCAUUAUGGCAGCGAAAGCCAUCGACGGCACUUACACCCUUUUCGAGCGCCUCAAGACAACGGCAGAAUCAGGCGUCGAAUUACGGCACUACAAUGGUAUAUUCCUUGGUGCUGAGAAGAUCUGGAGAGGCGAACCUGUCCGUCUCCGUAUAGGGAGCAGUGGAAGUGACUUGAUGGUCAUAACCGACAUAGUGGAGCGCGUUUUUAGCAACGCCCCCCAGAAGCAGCUCAGCACGCAACCUGUUUCGCAGGUCGUUGUAGUCGGUGACAUAUACAGCUAUGCCACCUUGGAUGCCCCUGACCCUUCUAGUCCCCCGAAACCUCCGCAGCAAAACAAUAACAUCCCAACACGCAUGGUUCACGACAUGGCAUGGCGUAACCGCAUGCUCGUACCUACGACCCGUACGUUGGCCUGGUGGAAGCUCAUUGCCUCUGGCUCCAAGCUGGAGAUCUCGGAUAUCAAGGGGCGGUGGUACGAGACCAGUCUUGUUUUCCAAGAACCCUUUACCAAAGCUGUCAAAAACAACGAAGGCGGAAAUGGCAUAUGGAUGAACUCACGAGGCGAUGCAACAGGCUUGGGCAAGAACGCUGGUGCACCAAGACCAAACCGAACCGCUGCUUUUGGACCAUCCAUACCCGAGGGCACGCAGCUUAUUGAUGGCCUAGACCCGCCAAAUCAGCCUGUCGGAGAACAGCAACAACAACAACCACAACAACCACAGGACAUGCAGGGCUUAGACAUGGGCAUAGGCUCCGAGCAUGCUACAUUUUCCCUCGACGAUUUCAUGAACGUCGACCAUCUAGGCGAGGAUGCAGGCAUGGACUUUCCCUUUUGA